AUGAGGCUCGACCUCGGAGACUCAGCAAGCAAUGGCUUCACAGCCGGACCCAGCUCAUCCUCAAGGGCAUGGGAUCGCGACAUCAAGCUCCCGCCCGAAGACCCGAACUUGCGUCUCUGCUCCAGACACCGCGUCAUGAAUCUCAAUCAGUCCGAUUUUGCACCUAGGCCUCAAGAGCAAGAGCUGCCGCCCGACUGGCACUUUGGAACUCUAUCAGACGUUAUCCAGCGCAGCGAUUACUGCGGGUUCUGCAAGAUGAUUGCUUCGUCGGUCUCUACGAAUAACUACAAAGACGACGUAGAGGUCUUGGGCUGUUGGGUUCCGGAUGUGACCUUUGAGGGAACCGAUACCAAGGGCACAGAGAAGACUACGAUGAACACGCUGAGGUUACGAAUUGCUCCGGAGAUGGUAGGAUGGGAGGACGCGUUUGCCCCGUUUGAUAUUGUUCCACUGGCCAAGGACUGCGAGAAUGAUAUGUUCAAAGGAAGACUCAUCGAUGAGAAGUCCAUUAACAGCAACCUGUUGAAGUCAUGGCUGCAGACUUGCGAAGAGAAACAUCACCUCGUUUGCUGGCGCAAAGACGAGCUUGCCGCCGGCUCCAUCGACCCAUUUAUCCGACUUUUGGACCUCAAGGAUAACUGCCUCGUCAAAACGUCUGAUCUCCCCGACUUCGUUGCUCUGAGCUACGUUUGGGGCCGCGGGGCUGUGAAUUUCAAACUCACUACUAGCAAUCUUGACGAACUCUUCACCCCCGGUGGACUGAGCAACAACUUUGACAAGUUGCCCAAGACGAUUCAAGACUCCAUCAAGCUGACGACCCUUCUCGGUCACCGAUACUUGUGGAUUGACUCACUUUGCAACAUCCAGGAAGGCAACGAUGAGGACAAGAACGUCCAACUUAAUCUGAUGGACGUCAUAUAUCGCAGAGCUUCUUUCACAAUCGUUUCCGCCAAUGGUGAAGAUGCAAAUGCCCGACUAUCUGGCAUCAACGGGGUCGAGAGGAGCAAAAGCCAGCACACCGCCGAGUAUUCACCAGAGCUCACCUUACUCUCCCUCGUUCCCGAUUUCGAGGAUGGCGUUGAGAAGAUUAACUGGAACACACGCGGUUGGACCUACCAGGAGCGACUCCUCUCGCGCAGGCUCGUCUUUUUCGCGGAUAACACGGUCUAUUUCCAGUGUGGCCAGAUGACCUGUAGUGAAGACUUCAACAUGCUUCGCGACGACGUCACUCAGAGCGCCUCGCAGCAAAAUAUCACUUUAUCUCGCGGGGAGGCACCUCCCUCUCUGACCCGGCGGUACCAGUAUCGCCUGGGCAUCUCGUCUGAGUUCUACUAUCGUAUGGUCACGGAGUAUACAUCACGAGAGAUGAGUCACACAGACGACCGAGUCAACGGUUUCAAGGGUAUCUUGAACGUCAUUGAAAAGGUGCCCGAAUACAAAGACGUCUUUGUCUGGGGUACUUGGGCAAAGGAUCUGCUCGCCUUUUCUCUGUUAUGGCAGCCGCGACAGGAACUCAGCAGGGUAGUCAAGUACAAAUCUGACCCGCCACUCAUCCUCUAUCCCUCAUGGUCGUGGGCUGGCUGGACGGGGGCCGUACGAUUUGACGACCUCGACGAUUGGAACGGCCUACCUGCGCUCGAGAGUCCGUUCGAUCGAAAGCCAGAACAGCACAGCUUCCACCUACGACUACGAACGAGGGUCGGGAAGUUCAGGCUUACUCUCCACGACAGGAGCGGAGCCCUGAAGUCGCCCUCGUUACCGGAUGUCAAGGAGCCGCACCCUGUUCGCUUCGGUAUCACGCACUCUGCACUUCCGAAAGAUGGAGGCGAUGACGAGUGGCUUGGGUCUGUUCUGAUGCCAAAGGGGUACCGGCAGAAGGGCAGGCUUGGGUGCUCCUAUGAGUUUGUUAUUCUCUCAGAGGCAUACGGCUUCUCGGGAGAGGAGCUCUCGAGACAUGCCGGCCAGAAACCUUGGGAGGCUGUCAACGUGAUGUUGAUCAACCGCAGAGACGUGGACGGAGAAGAAUCAAAGGCUGUUUCAGUUGUUCAACGGGCUAGUGUAGGCAGGAUGUUGAAGUCGGCAUGGGAUGAGAUUUCCACGGAGCUGGAGGAGAUCUUAGUCGAGUGA